AAAAAUGGCUUUGAUAUCUAGAAGAGCAUUGAUCCUCCUCACACUGUUGGGGAUAUAGGUUGCCCAAGCCACUUCCCGCACGUUGCAUGAAGCUUCCAUGUUGGCGAGGCACGAGGAAUGGAUGGCUAUUUAUGGCCGCACUUACAAGGAUAGUGCAGAGAAGGAAAUGCAUUUCAAGCUUUUUAAGCUCAACGUAGAGUUCAUCGAGUCUUUCAACAGCGAUGGAAAUCGGCUUUAUAAGCUAAGCGUCAAUGAAUUUGCUGAUCAAAGCAAUGAGGAAUUCCAGGCCCUUCACAAUGGAUACAAAAGGCCCUCAAAUUUCAUGUCAUUUCCAAUGACACCAUUUAGGUAUGAGAACAUGAUUGCAGUGCCAUUUAGCAUUGAUUGGAGAACAAAAGGAGCCGUCACCCCCAUUAAGGACCAGAAAACAUGUGGAUGUUGUUGGGCAUUUUUAGUUGUUGCAGCCACGGAGGGGAUCACCCAAAUCACAACAGGAAAGUUGAUCUCUCUUUCAGAGCAAGAAUUAGUUGAUUGUGACACCAGUGGCGAAGACCAAGGCUGCAAGGGUGGCUUAAUGGAUGAUGCAUUUGAAUUUAUCAUCCAAAACAAAGGCCUUACAACUGAAGCAAAGUACCCAUACAAGGGAGUGGAUGGAACUUGUAACGAUAACAAGGUAGCAUCUCAUGCGGCCACCAUCAAAAGCUAUGAAGAUGUGCCUGCCAACAAUGAGCAGGCACUGCUCAAGGCAGUGGCCAACCAACCAAUUUCUGUCGCGAUUAAUGCGAGUGGCUCUGCUUUUCAGUUUUACUCAAGCAGAGUCUUCAUUGGAGAGUGUGGAACAGAAUUGGACCAUGGUGUGACUGCAGUUGGUUAUGGGGCAACAACCGAUGGGAUUAAGUACUGGUUAGUAAAGAAUUCAUGGGGCACCAGUUGGGGUGAAAAAGGAUAUAUUAGAAUGAAGAGAGACAUUGAUGCGCCGGAAGGUCUAUGCGGCAUUGCCAUGGAGUCUUCCUAUCCCGUUGCUUGA